AUCCCACUACCUUCACCUAACACUAGAUGGCAAUGCUAGCAUAAAAUUAACACGUUCUUGGCGGAACUCUUAGGUAAACACAAAGCAUAGAAUAGACAUGUCUAAGGUGUGUAAAACAGUUACAAUUAAAAUGUAUGAAGUAAACGGGUCCGAAAACAAAUUAUGUGUGUGUGGCAUGUUUAUUUGUUUGCGCGGGGGACGCAAAAAGUUUCGUAUGAACCAAAGGGGAGCCAAGCAGAGAAAGUUCGGGAACCACUGUUUUAAAGAAUCCAACCUACAGCUCAAACUGUAUUUUUGAGUGUGAGUUAAAGGUAGAAUACACAAAAAACACACACACACAAAAUAUGCACAGGUCAUCACAAUUCAAGACAAACUAUCGGUGUACUUUAAAUUUACAUUUUAAGAAUUAAAUCAAAUAAGACCUUUUGGAAAUCAUUAAAAACAGAAAUCAAGAUAUCCCAGGCUCAGAAGCCGCCAUUUAAGAUUGCAUGUGGCUGCAUCAGUAACUGUCAUUACUAUGACGUCAUGGGGUUUAACCUUCCUUUAGACAAGUGACACAAUAACUAAUAUAAACUCUAUGAAGUCAGUUGACAACAUCACCCCUCUUGAAGCAGAGCAGUGGUACACUCCGUCUUCGAAGCACUCAGCUCCUUGGUCUGACAAACCUCAUCACCGACCGCAGCAGAAUCAGAGAACCGUUCUCUUCUCCAGACAGCACCACCAUCACAGUGUGUGCCUGCAGCAGCAGCAGCAGCUCAUUGCGGUGUUCGUCUGACAUGAAGCGUACCUUGUAUGAAGUGAUGAGGCUCAAAAGGAUAUGCCAAAUGAUAGCUGCCACCUGUUUGGGAUCUUUUAUUCUGGUCAUCUUUUAUUUCCAAAGUAUGUUCCAACCAGUAAUACAGAGGAACCCGUUUAUGAUAGACAGUUGCCGAAAAGGGUCCCGCAAGGCCCUACAGGAGCUCUACAAUCCUGCACAGAUGGAGUUGUCAGGAUCAGCUGACCUUCACCAGGCUAGACGGGACCAGUUAUGGAAUGUUUGUCAAAUGUACAAUGCAUCCAGCCACAGGCGUCAGGUCCUGACCCCGGGGGACCUUAAACAUUUGGUUGUGGACGAGGACCACGAGCUUAUCUACUGCUACGUCCCCAAAGUGGCCUGUACAAACUGGAAACGAAUAAUGAUGGUGCUUACAGGUCGGGGCAAAUACAGUAACCCAAUGGAAAUCCCAUCAAAUGAAGCCCAUCUGUCAUCCAACCUGAAGACAAUGAACCAGUAUAGCAUUGCAGAGAUCAACCACCGCUUGAAGAACUACCUCAAGUUUCUCUUUGUUCGUGAGCCAUUCGAGAGGCUGAUCUCCGCCUACCGCAACAAGUUCACCCUUAAGUACAACUCCUCCUUUCACAAGCGCUUUGGAACGCGCAUAGUCCGCCGAUAUAGAAAAAACGCUACUGACGAUGCCUUACUCAAUGGGGAUGAUGUGAAAUUUAAAGAAUUUGCUGAGUACUUAGUGGAUCCAGCCACACAGCGUGAAGGUCAACUCAACGAACACUGGGAGACUGUGCAUCAGCUUUGCCACCCCUGUCAUAUUCACUACGACCUGGUGGGAAAAUAUGAGACUCUCGAGGAAGAUGCCAACUACAUAUUGCGCCUUGUGGGUGUCGGUGAUUACCUGCACUUUCCUAGCUACACCAAGUCCACUCGUACCACAGAUGCCAUGACAGCCAAGUUUUUUAGUAACAUCAGCAGUAAACAGCAGAUCCAACUCUACCAGCUUUACAAAUUUGACUUCCUCUUGUUCAACUACUCCACGCCCAGUUACAUCCAGAUGGAUUAACGCUAAGAGCGACUUUCUUGUUUAAGAAAAGGCAUCACGUGGAGGUUCACAUGAGUCACUGAAACUCCAAACAAAUGCAAUUUAAAAUAAUUGAAAACACCCAGACCCACUCCUAACUUGAUCUGAUAAUUGUGGUAAGGUCCUGAGAUCCAGGAAUAAGCCUCCUAGCCAAAAAAAGGUGAGUGAACGGACUUUAACAGCCGAGUGCGAACAUGAGGAAAUGAUAGCAGCGAUGACACAGGAAUACCUGGAUAGUGGAGAGCUACUCACACUCAUUCGUUCAAGGAGAUAAAGAAGGGCAAUGUUUCUAAAGAUGGCAGAAUCACAGCAAUCAAUCUCUGGACUGGAAACCAUGCUGGAUAAAGUGAGCUGUCAAGUUGCCAAAACAGAGUGGAGGACCAACUGGUUGACAUCGGCUCGAGUAUUAAUGAGCUAAGAAAGGAGAACAAUUUUUUGGGGGGGAUGCUGUCAACCAGCUGGGAAACUAGUCAAGGGCAACCUGAGUGAAGUGAAGUAAGGAAUAUGACCAAGUCAACUGAAAUCUAGGAAUAUACAGUUUGCAGUUUGUUUCUUGUGGUCGAUUCUUCAGUUUUUUCUACUUAUUUAUGGGACUAGGGUUAUGUACAGUCCUUGUUUUCAUCCUAAACCAUUUGGUACAGGACGAUACAAAUACAGACAUGUCCCCAACACAGUUUCAGUACCGAACGGUGCAGUACAACUACCAUUUCACCCCUAAUAUACGGUGUUUAAAAGCCAUAUUUAAAUUACGUAUGUUACUCCAAGUGGUACUGUAUAAACUGUUUGCACUGAUUUUUUUUAAAGGGAUUUGUGUUAUGUCGUUAUAUUGAGCUGUAUGUUUAUAUUUUUGUAUUUAAGUUUAAAAGAGAUAAAAAAAGAUAAAAUAUUUUUUAAAAAGGAAAAGGCGGUACAUCGUAUAGUAACCAGUGCAAAAUUUCACCUUACAAAGUGUGUGGUCUCAAAUGAACAACAAAAGAAAGUUUAUGAGGUGAGGAAAUGUAAAGGGCGCACACGUCUAGUGGUGAACGCUAAAUCUAGGUUGUUGAAAGGUUAAAGGUGAGCUCUCUAUGAUGAUGUGAUCUCACCUUUUUUCCCCCCAAGAUGCUAAGACUUGCUUGUAACUAAGUUAAUGCUGCAAGUAGCAAUCGAAAAAAUUUAGCGAUGCACUGGCGCAUUGGACGAACAUCGAUAUCGGCCGAUGUUGAUCUCGUGAACUGCCAUCAGCCAUUAGGAAAGUUGCCGCCAAUAAUUCACUAAUUAUGAAUUAAGAAAUAUAUUACCAUCUCAAAGUUUAUCAGCCAGGAGCACGUGCUACUGUGAGCCGUAGCCAAUGCCAAAACAAAAUUCGUAAUAUUCACCGCGCACCACUUGUGACUCUUGCUUUACCUUCCUCUGACCAAACCAUCGUCAUGGGAACCACAUGACUGACAGGCUUCCCAGCCGAUUAAUGUCAACACCUUUAUGGACAAAAAAAUUGGGAAAACUUUUUACAUUUUAUUUAUUUUCCAAUUGUUUUUACAUGAACAAUUGAUGUAUUAAUGUAAGUAGGAGUAUCUUUGUUGUCAACUAACAAUUAAAGGUUGUUUUUGUUUCAUAAAGUGGUCCAAUUGAAUUUGUGCUCAUUCAAGGACAGUAUGAUAAAGAGCUGAAGGACUUUUAAAAUAAUUCAGUAAGGUUUCCGUGGCAUCAAAGGGGAUAUAAACAACAAAUACACUCCAACACUCCAAAUUCUGCAACAGUAACAGAACUACUAUGUGCAUACCGAGACACAGUAUGAACACCAACAGGACACAAAAAAGUAGAGUUCCUCCUCACAUCUGUGUGGACCAAAAUAUUCUGCGUUUCCUUUGGUCUCUAACCACACACCCUAUCAUUAGUGUGUGGGAGGUUGUGUGUGUGUGUGUGUGUGUGUGUGUGUCAACUAUAGGAAAACAGCUUCAUAUUCUAAAUAAGUGAGUUAGAUUUUUCAAAAGAGCUAGCAUAUUUUAAACAUAGUUGAACAUUGUGUGAUUUUAGAAUGAGAACAAAAAGAAAUUCUGUUACGUGGUCUUGGGAGGGCUGGGCUGGGGGGGUAAAGUUGACUCGAUUUUUGAUUCCACCACUAAUGGAUUUUGGCUACAUGAAUAGGAUUAAUUUGACUUGACUUUGUAAGUUCUGUAUGAUGUGAAGGGAGUACGUACAAUAACCGCAAUUUCAAUUUUCUUAUAUUUCUAUAUCUUGAGCAUAUGUUUGUGUGUGUAUA